UUUCAAUUAUUUACAAGUAUUGGGAUACUUGUUCCUGCUUGCGGAAUUCUAAAAAUAAAAUUGCGUCCAAAUUUGUCGCAUUUUAACCAGUGAAAGAGGGUGAUUUUCCCAACUAGUAGGCAAAUUUUCACUGCAGUGCCCAAAGAGGGACGAACUGGGAGGAUUUUCAAACAGUUAGUUGACAUCAAAUGAAGCAACUGCUGUUUGGGAAAUCAAAGCAGAUAUUUCGCGUUUCAACCAGUGAAUAGAGGAUGAUUUUCUCUACCGGAAGAAUAAUUUUUCCUGAAGUGACUAGGGGGACGAACUCUUGCCUCUCAAAUGCUUAACACACACGUCAACAUUAACUUUGGCUCCAACUCGAACUAGUCUUCAUCAAAUUCCCUUAAUCUGAGAAUUUACAAAUAAUUUCCUGUGUUAAAACGCGAUUUCUUAGUCUAUAACGCAUUACUUAAGAAUAACAGGAUAUAUGUGGCUGCAACACUAUUUCCAUGUCAAAGAACGCAGAGCUGCGUUCCAGCAUUUUAAAGUCUGAACAUGUUUUGGGGCCAAGUUAACGGGGGAUUACCUGCAUCAAGUAGAUAACCGAAACAGAAAUAGCUGGGUAUAGGUUUCCAGUGAAGCAGAUUGAAAAAUUGACUACGUGUGAAAACCCAACCUCAAUGAAUAGUGCAAUUAGCAACCGAUUUCCAACAAUUGAGGGUGCAUGUUACUACAAUGGAAGACAUCUCCAACGUACACGUUACGGACUACAUUCCAACAAUCUACACCACGCCUGCCACGCUCCACUAUAAGCAGAACAACCAGGCGAAAAAGGCAAAUAUCUUCUUGGAACGAAACGGGGUUGUGAUAGUGCUUUACAACAAAACCAAGGACAUGCUAGUGCUAGUGAAGCAGUUUAGGCCUUCAGUGUUUCACCAACUGGUGCCUGAAGCAGAGCGCACUAGUGUAGACACUAACAAGUAUCCUCCGAAACAAGCCAUCACCCUGGAGUUUUGUGCAGGCCUUGAAGACAAAGACGCCCCUUCAGAGGUCGUAGCCCAGGAGGAAAUUCUGGAAGAAUGCGGCUAUCAAGUGCCUCUCGAAGAUUUGGAGCAGAUCUUUAGGUUUUGCAAUUUGUCCGAAACCACCGGGGCCCGAUCGACGUUUUUUUACUGCGAAGUCACUGAAGCACAAAGAGUCAGCCAGGGCGGAGGCAGUGUGGAGGAACAUGAAAUCGUCGAAGUAAUCGAAAUGAAAGUGGAAGAUGUGCUGAACUACUCCAGGCAAAGUUACGUGUGUUCGCCAAUGAACUUCAUGUUUUUAUUCAACUGGUUUCUGUAUCACAAAUAUCCCAAAACGCGCCAAAUCGCAUAGUUUCAAGGUGUUUUGAGGCUUAUGGUGGAUUAUAUCAAUAUAAAUCUGAAUGGCAAUCGGCCAGUUAGCGUUGGAA